CGCCACUGAGAGUUAACUUGAAGAGGAGGGACUGUGAAGACAAAAGAGGAAACCACCCUGGCCCACAGCAUAACCUGUGCCCUGACAGACAUGUCACUCUACAAGUCACAUCACAGUCAUGGUGCAAGGUAGCUCAUCGCUCUCCAGGGAGACUUCGCACUAAACACCCGACCAGUAAUAUUUCCUCAAACUUCAGAAAUGAUCCGACUCGACAACACCCAAUAUUUCCACUUCCUGCAGCAGGCAGAUGCCUUGCGCCGCUCCGGGACGCUCUGCGAUGCCAUCAUCUCGGUAAAGAGUCAAACUUUCAGGGCUCAUCGGUUGGUUCUCGCCUGUGUGAGCAGAACGUUGGCGCAGCAGCUCGCCCAAGGAGACAUCGACAGCCCGGUGCACUGCACUCUGGAGAAUUUCUCGCCCCAUACCUUCGAGCAAGUCCUGGACUUCACCUAUACCCAAGCUCUGGAGGUGUCCGUGGACGAUCUGCGUCUGCUGCUCAGAGCUGCUCGGCAGCUGGAGAUGCAACUGCUGGAGGACCAGUGCCAAAAGCAGCUGGACUCUCUCAGCUACAGAGCUGGAGAGGAGCACGAAAGUGGAGAAAACACUGAUGUCAAAGAAGAGAAGGAGGAGAAAGAUCAAAAGCAAAGUCCAGUUUCUGAGGAGAAACUCCAAGAGGCAUGUUCCCCAGUAGAGAAAGCUCACAUUGCCAUGAAAAAUCCUACACAAAACAAUCCGCAAUCCCCUAGAAAGAAGCCCAGAUUGUCCCCAACAGUGCACAACAGAGACAGCCUUAUCAGCAGGCCGACUGCCAGCAGCUCCUCUUUCUCUUCUCCGUGGACUUUCUCUGCAAACAUGUGGGACUCUGUGAGCACACUGAGGCGAAUAGCACAAAACUACUCAGACCUAAUCGCAGCUCACCCCAUUCAGUCCCCAAAUCAGUCUUCUGUAGCUUACCCGUUCUCCCUCUCCACUCCCCACAUGUUCCCCCUACUGAGUCCCCAUUUCCAAACCCCAGGUCAAAACUCUGUAAUGGGCUGCUCAGGCUUUCACCCCCGUUACACACAAAACCUUUACGCCGGAUCUGCACGGAUGGGCAGCAUCAUCAAACAAGGCCUGCUAAAGAGAAAAAAGCCCAACCAGAGAGCGUUCAUCGGGACAAACGUUCAAACUGGUGAGCCAAGUUACCCUGAAGCACCCAAAGCCAGUGCAGAGAGAGUUAGAGACUGCCGACACUGCAGUGCAGCUCUCCUUGACGACCCAGUGCUGCGGGAAUCGGCCUCCAAACAAUUAGGCAAACCCUGCGCAGGAUGUCGCUUCUGUGGAAGAGGAGAUGGUGUGCAGAACGAAGCAGACAUGAGAGGAGAACACAGAGGAGAAAAACCCUACCAGUGCCAACACUGUUCCAAAAAGUUCAGUCUGAAGCAUCAGCUGGACACACACCACCGAGUUCACACCGGGGAGAAGCCCUUCGAGUGUCGCCUCUGUGGCCAGCGUUCCCGGGACUAUUCGGCCAUGAUCAAGCACCUGCGGACUCACGGCGGCGCGGCGCCCUACCAGUGCACGGUUUGCCUGGAGUUCUGCAGCAGCCUGGUGGCCAUGCAGAGACACGUCAAGACCCACGCGGUGCAGGACUUCCCUGCCGACUGGAGCAUCGGCAGCACCUACCUGUACAUCUCCCACAUCUGAACCCCCGAACCUGAGCCCUCCGUCAAAGUUCUCAUAGCUGGAACUCUUCUCAUGUUUUAUCGUUAGACCCACAGCGAUGAGUGCUUUUUCUAAAGAAUUCAUUCCUGAAACCACUUAACAACACGUAUCGCUUUUUAUAGUACAUCAGCACACAAACUGAUGCUAUCAAAGGUGUGGCGGCAACAACUUGUACACACACUGAAACUGUUCUGUGUUGACAUUGUCGGCUACAGAACAGAGUGCAGCACUAAUUUCCAAUGACAUGUCAGAAAAGGUAUUGAAACUGUUUAUCAUUUAUUAAAGCCACAUCAACAGAUUAUCCUCAUCGAAUGACGCAGGAAUCUUCCCUCCGACUUUCACAAUUAUUGGACUGCUUGUGUAAGCCUUGCAGGUUUGACUCUGGUUUAUAGCGCCCUCCUGAGGACAACCACUGCAACAAAACACUUUUUUUUUCUCCUGUAUUAGUAGUCAAAAGUGCCUCAACCUGCCAAAUAUGGGACCAGUGACUGAGGUAUCACAUUUGCAGCUGGACAAAAGAAGUUCAGGUUUUCUGUUAAUCAGAAUUUGUCAGGGCAAAAAAAUAAAUGACAUUCAUAUGCAUCAUGAUGCAUUUGUAUCGAAGUUUAUAUGCAUUUAUUUAAUCUUUUAAAAUAUUGACUUUGUUAUGGUCUACAAAGGGGGUGGAAGAGAUUUCUCCAGUCAGUCAAGACAACUUCAACAAGUGAGCUGUGGCAUUGCUUAAGAGAAAAAUCUACAUAUGACAACAUUAAAGAAUUUAGAUGUCAUUUUAUAGCUCAGUGGAUUGUGAUGAGAAUAAUGGAGCUUUGCAGCAAUGCAUAUCUAGACUGUAAAAAAAAAUGAAUUUAAAAAGUGCUAACCAGAAAAUAAUACCCAUUUCAAGUGAUGGAAUCACUGAAAUACAUUGUUUCACCUUCAUUUUACCUGACAUAAUGUGUAUUUUUAGGCUUUUUAUUGUUUAAUGAAGAAAAAUUUAAAAAAACAUACACACACUUCUGUAUUUAUCAUGUUACAUGCAACAUAAUAAAAUCAUUGUUUCGCUUUUGUUAAUUGUCGCUAAUCGUAUUUAAUUUUAGAAAUAUACAGUCAAAUGCAAUUGAAUAAUAUGACAAAUAUAAUAAAUUACAAUAAAUUUACAAAUAGUUGAACAUCUUUUCAUCAAUUUCAAAUUUCUUUAAAAAUUUAAAUUGAUGGCAUUUCAUUUAUGUGUUUUAAAGUUAAUUUAUAUUAUAUUUUUUAUGUUAUUGCUAUUUUUGUAUGUUAAAAGAAAAGGGGUUGUAAUUUUUAUUUUUAUUUUUUUUUUAAAUGACUGCAGAUGUUUUACAGUGUGGCUGCUGAGAAUCAAUUGCAUUUUUGUCCUGUUUGCGGAUAUUCUGCAUGGUCUGCAUGCCAAGCCUACUAAAACUACAAAGGCAUGGGCAUAAUGGAGAAAAAAAAUGCGUCUCAGAAGCAUUACUAAGUGGUAUUUAGCAGCUGACACACCUCUGUAAAAGCAAAUUAUAUGACUGUGAAACUAUCACAGUAGCUGCCUCACAUGUUUGUUGUCUGUAAUGAUGACCGUUGCUUCCUUGAGGAGCUCUCAGUAUAACUUUAGGACCUGUUUCUACUGAAAGAUGUGAAUUUGUACAGCAUUAUCUUGAUGUUUAUGGGGAAGAAAAUAAAUAUUUUAGGCUUUAAAGGAUCAGUAUGUCAUGUCUUUGACUACUAAUGCAUCAAAUAAACAAGUUUUCAAACC